AUGACCCCUCCCCCUCUCUACUCCCGGGCAACAGACUCGCCGCCCGCAGCAGGUUACAGCACGUCUUAUGAACCUCCAAGUCCGCAGACGCCCACCUUUCGCCCCGACCAUUCUUCCCCAAACUCGCCUGCAUCAGCACAACCUCAACAACGCCGGUGGACUCGCGUGUCGUCGUCGUCGUCGUCGGACCAGCCCAACCGCCCACCUGCAGCUGGUAUCCGCAUCAUGCCCCGCCACGUCCGGAACCUGCUCACGCCGCGCGUGCUCACCCCGAUCCUGUUGUGGAUGUCGGCAAUAUGGCUGGUACACCGAUUCUUGUUUGCCAUCCCCUUGCCGUCGCUCACGACCAUCCUCCCGGGACAACAAGCGUCGAACCACCAUCUGUCGGACAAGUACCCGCCCCCGCCGCAGCGCGAGGGCGAGGACUCACUCGACUCGCUCAACCCGCUAUACCGCCCACUGGCGCCCCUCGCACAGCCAAAUGCUCCCUUCCCCCGCCUCAGGCCGACCCGCUUCCUUCCCAGCCGCUGCCUCGAGGCGUGGCUCGCCGAGGGCGAGUUGAUAUGCGACACGGACGAGCUGGGGCCCGAGGAGACGCUCGACGCGACAUGGCUCUGGGUCAAUGGCUCAGACAGGCGGUGGAAGGACGAAAUGGUUUACUGGCGCCAACAAGAGGGCAUUUACUCGCCAGAGCACCACUUCCGUGAGCAAAACGAGCUCGUAUACUCGAUGAGGUCGGUCCUCGCGGCUCUGGGUGGACAUAUCAAGACGAUCCACUUGAUCGUGUACGAUUAUGCGUUCAACGUAACUCGCGACCUCUCCUUGCUCCCAGAGUCGACCAUUGAGGUGUUGGAGGAGAAGGUCAACGCCAGAGGCGUGGCGCCCGAUCAGAGUGGAGACUCUAACGUCUCGCCUGCGCUGGCUCAUCAUCUCGAGUCCCAUUGGCGUGUGGCCCAGACACCAACGUGGCUCGACUUCUCGCGACUGGACCCCAGCUCGCCUUCUCAUCCAUUUUACGUCAAUCAGACGCAUGAGGAGGAACAGGAGCCGCAAAGCGAAAUGCAGCAGGGUCUAUCAAACGACACCAGGCCACUAGCCGCCCCCUUGCACCCCAGGUUCCGCUACGCUACGCAUUCCGAGAUCUUCCACCUCCCAACAAUCGAGAGAGACGCCAUGACCAUGGAGAGCGGCGAAAGGGAAUGGAGAGAGAUGCAGUGGCGCAAGAACGCCCUGCCGACCUACAACUCGAUGUCCAUCGAGAGCCGUGUUGGCUGGCUGCCGGGUUUGGCAGAUGUGUCCCUUGCCCUCAACGAUGACUUCUUCGUUAUCCGCCCCCAUGCGGUGUCUGACUUCCACUCGCCUUUGUACGGAAACGUCAUCCGCUUUGAACCCGGAUGGAACCAGCAGAUUAAGCCCAACCUUGACAAGACGAGGAUCAAUGACGCCGGUGAAAUGGGUGGUCUCUACCAUGCCAACUACUUGCUGUCGCAGCGAUUCCCUCGUCGCAGGCGUCCCUACUUUGCUCACGCCCCCAAGGUCAUCACGCGUGGCCUUCACCACGAGUCGAGCCUUAUCUUCAAGGAGGCUUUGACGGUCAGCAGCUCGAGACGCUUUCGCGAGAUGAAAGUCGGACACGGAGACACUCAAAUGCAGUGGCUCCUCUCGCACAUGAGGGUUGAACGUUGGCGCGAGGCCCUCCUCUGGACUUUCAUCGUCGCCAACCUCGGUGGCGCUGACGGCAAGCUGGGUCACGAGGCGCGUGAUCAGAUUCGCGAACUCUUUGGACUGGAGCGCGGUAAAGACGACGAUGUCGUCCAGAUCGAGGUGCACCGUGGACCUCGUUGGACUCUGGAACGGGCGCGGAUGAACUCCAACUUUGACCAGGCCCACUGGGAGGCCCCGAAGGCCACCGAAUUCUUGUGGUGUGAGCAUCCUUGGGACUCGUAUCGCGCAGGCGCUGACCCUCCGAAAGCUUCUCUCGAUGGCCACAUGCCUAAUAUUCUCCCGCCCGGCGCCGAUGCCAAGCAAAGGGAUCAGUGUGUGUUUGAUCUUGAACGCUGUUUUGGUACUUUUUGGGUUCGCGAAGCGAACACGUCUGCCGCCAGCAUGUUCAAGAGGUUGGCAUUCGAAUCCUCAGAAUGCGGAGACUGCCUGCUCAUGGCCCUUGUGACUGCCUCUGGACCUCUUGGGCUCUCAGCAUUCUUCCCGUCCCCCAAUGCGACUUACACAAACCCCCUAAACCCAGCGCAGCCGUUCCCCGACUACGUUCCUCCGCCCCACCUCCCAUUGACGGCGACCUGGCAGGCAGCCAACUUCUCGAUUCAGAACGUCAUGACGACGACCGCGCUUCCUGGUGAAGUGGUCAACCUCAGGACGUACACCAUGCACCUGCUGUCGAGGUACAUCUACAUCUCUGGUAAAUCCGUGUCACACUUCCACAUGCUCAAGGACCCCACACAUGCCAAGAAGGUUGUCAAGAUGCUCGAUGACAACCCCAAUGUGUCCAUCCUCGGCAUGAACGACGACAUUAUCAAGGGUUACGACGAAGUAAGGGCGACAAUAAACGAAUGGUUUAACUCGCGUUGGCCGACGCCGGCCGUCUGGGAACGCGCGUGGCAGGGCAGGGCCUGA